AUGUACAGGGGAGGAUUAAACAGAUUUAAAAAGGCACAAACCUUGGAGCCAUUCUCUGUUUCGAAGAAUCCAGGUUCCCAAGCUCCUUCCCCUUCCCCACCGGUUGCUACCUUCCAGCCUCAGGUUUCCCUGUCAAAGGCCCACAGUCAGACACAGGAGCAGGAUUCCUCUAAACCUGCCGGAUCUGAGGCUUCAGUCCCGGGUCAGCAUGCCACUCAGAUCGGUGGUGGGCAGUCAGCUUGGCAGCCCCCAGAUUGGGCAAUAGAGCCUCGACCUGGGGUUUACUAUCUCGAGGUCUUGAAAGAUGGCCAGGUUCUUGAUUCCAUCAACUUAGAUAAGCGGCGGCACAUAUUUGGGAGGCAGCAGCCCACAUGUGAUUUUGUUCUCGAUCACCUGUCUGUUUCACGCCAGCAUGCUGCCGUGGUACCACACAAAAAUGGAAGGUUAGUCUGGUUCUUUCUCUCCUUCUAGAAUUCUGUUCAUAUAUCAGUUUUUGUUCUUUGAAAGCUACUAGAUUCUUUGCUUGCAUUGGUUCCUUCCUGGCUUUUACGCACUUCCUGGCGUUGCUUCCAAGCAGUUUCAUCUUCCGUAGAAAUUUCUCCAGUUCAUCUGAGACACUUGGCUUGAUAUCUUCAUGGUCUCCUUCUUGAAUGCUCACGCUCCAAGUCUAGUUCUUAUGUUCUUGAAUUGAGCACCCUUAUGAUCAACUUUUAAGGAUGGAUUUCUUUCUCUUUAAAAUCUCUCUCCAGCGUAUAUGUAAUCGAUUUGGGGUCGGUGCACGGCACAUUUGUCGCAAAUGAGCGACUGAAGAAAGACAUCCCGGUGGAGCUUGAAAUCGGUCAGUCUCUACGCUUUGCAGCCUCGACCAGAACCUAUGUAUUGAGGAAGAACACUGCCGCCCUCUUCCCCACCCCCAAGCCCCCUGCUGAGAUCGACCUCUCCUCACCUCCGGACCCCUCCGACGAAGAAGCUGUCCUGGCAUACAACACAGCUCUCAACCGCUAUGGUCUGAACAAAUCUGAUCUGUUGCCCAAAUUUGACAACGACCCAAGAGGCAGCCCAGCGGGGGCUGAAGACAGCCGUCAGUCAGGAAAACCAGCGAAGAGACCCAGAAAGCUGCGGGUGGCAUUUAGAGACCAAGUGGGAGGAGAAUUGGUCCAGGUCGUCGGGAUCUCAGAUGGAGCUGAUGUUGAGACGGAGCCGGGCCCAAUUGGGGUGAAGGAGGGCAGCCUUGUGGGGAAGUAUGAAUCCCUUGUACAUAUUACAGUGAUUCCCAAGGGGAAGGAGCAGAUCUCCUCAAAGGAGGACGGCUUCCCCUCGAAAGGUGUCACAGAUAAGCUGCAGCAGGUUCUGAGCAAAGUCAAGGGCUCAGGGAGGAGCGAGAAUGGCCUGUAUGGGGAUAUCUUCACUGGCAUGGUCGGCUCGUCGUGGGCUUACUCUUCUUCUUCAUCAGUUGCUGCCGCUGAUGGGUGGGCCGAAUCAGCUGAAGCUAACCAUGGGAGGGCCUCCAGCGGCGCCAAUGAAAGGCUGAAUUCCAGCUCCACUUAUGAUGAGGAAGAUGAUUUAUUUGGAGAUUAG